UUUCGAAUAUUACGCUACUGUUUGCAUAAUGGCAGAUGUCUUGUCACUCUUGCGAGAAUAUCAUCUCAGUGGGAAACCUAUUGUUGAAACACAAAGUGAAGUAAUAUUUGGAGACUUCGCUUGGCCUAAGACUACUAAAACGAACUUCCUAGUAUGGGGGUCGGGAAAGGAAGGUACUCCAAAAGACUAUUAUACGUUGGAUUGUGUUGUGCAUCUACUAAAGCACAUUGAUUUGCCCCAUACUCAGUAUGUGAGACAAGCAGCAAGUGCUGGUCUUCCAGUCGUACGACUUCCAGAUCGACGUGAUCUUUUAGCUUACCUGAAGGGUGAAGCGACUACUGCACCAAAUAUUGAUAGAGCUGCACCAGUAGAUAUUUCUUUACGUCGGGCUGUAGCCAAACAUGUUGAUAGUCAUAUGCAUAUCCGAAGAGAUGCAAGUGAUUUACUGGGUCCAGAUGGUUUCAGUAUCGAUGCUGAUUCCAAACGAAUGCGACUCGCAAACAACGUUGAUGGUCUGGACGAAAGUGUAUUAGGUAGAGAGUCACAAGCUCGACUGAAAUCCGCGGUACUUGAUGAUGAGGCGAUAGCGCGUGAUAAACGUGACUUAGCUGCUAAACUGGAGAGCUCUUUCGGCAACCGUUCCUCCAAUUUUAUUCAACCUGACCAAGUUAAAUCAAGCACAUUACCCGAAGCCGUCCCAUUAGACAAAAUUCAGUCUUGGCGGGCUAAAUUUCGUGCAAUUCAACAACAAAGAAUCAAGACAGGUGAUACAGACCAGGCAUUGGAAGUUGCUGUAACGAAUUAUUCUGGUCAGGAAGGGGAUGUCGGUUUAUCAACUCUAUCAUCAUUGGAUGCUCGAGAUUCUCGGGUUGGCCUUCAUAGUAUUGUACCCGGAGGUGAAUCUCAGUCCAUUAUCCGUAUUGACGAUAGUACUCAUGGUCAGUUAUAUUCCGGUAGCACUUUACUCAGAGCUUCACUUAUGGCGGAUGAAGCACCAGUACGCGCAAUUGUAGCUCGUGAGCGUCGUUGGCGGACUCGUGUUUCAGUUUUGCAAAGUCAAGGCAAAACAUUCUACGAAAACAUUGUUUUGGGGAUUUUGCGGAAUGUAAUUUUAAAAGAAGACUCCCAUGCCGCUCCCGAUGCAAAAGCUGUUGGAAAGUUUGGUUUUAUUUCUACUAAUGCUCAGCCACCCCUUUUUCCCCAACCAUUGGCUGUUGGGACUUACUAUUCUAAACCUAAUGGCACCACAAAUUAUACGAACACUGGAUCAGCUAUGGCACUAAGUACUGGGCAACAUAUGUCGGUCUCCAACUCCACUGUUCAACAUCACUCACAGAUGCAUUAUUCAAGAUAUGAUCAAGAGCGUUUCGCUGGUGGUCGUGAGGAGACUGCUGGUUUUCGUAUUGAUACUAUGGGUACAUAUCAUGGAAAGGCUUUGGCAUCAAUGGUUUCUGUUGGUACACCUAGAUCUAAUCAAGACAAUUCUGUUGCUAGUGCAAACGCUGUCUGUACUCCAGGAACUACUAGAUCAAUGGGAAAUGAAACUCCGAGUAUUCCUUAUGAACCGCAACCACUUAGAGACCCUCGCGGUAUCAGUUCUGGCAUCCCAUUGACACCCAGUACGACUCCUGAUCCAUAUCGUGGCUUACGUUCCACUGCUGAUGCACGUCUUUCUGCUAGAACGAAAAUGAGAUCAUCUCGUAUCCCAAUUAUCAUCAUUCCUGCAGCACCAACCAGUUUGAUUACAAUGUAUAAUGCUAGGGAUAUUUUAGAGGAUUUACGGUUCAUUAAAUCCCAAGAGAAACAAGCAUCUGGUAUGCGUCGGGAAAACGAGAUACUUAUUCAGCGUCAUAAAUCUGAUGGUCGAACAGUGCCUUAUCGUGUGGUUGAUCAACCAAACAAAUUACUCUUAGAUGAAUGGAAUCGUGUUGUAGCUGUUUUUGUCCAAGGUCAAGCUUGGCAAUUUAAAGGUUGGCCAAUCAGCUCCGAUCCAGCAGUAAUUUUUUCUCAAAGUAAGAAUUUUAAUGUUGAUCUGUCUAAAUUUACAUUGGUAGUUUCAUUCAUUUUUACAGGAGCUCUUAUACUGAUUUUACUUGUCGUAUCAAUAAAAUAAAAGGUAAUGAGCGGAUUACUGUGUCAAGUAUUAAACUUCCUCUAUUUUAAUGUAAGUUUUUUCUCUAUGAUCACUAAGCUUAUCUGCCUAACUAUUGAAACUUUAAGCAUGAAUCCCUUUAGAUCGAUUCCGCGGUCUACUGAUUCUUGCAUAAUUUAUUUGAGAUUCGAUCUCGCUUUGUACUAUAGUAAUUAACUGUCGGGUCAUCAAUUUUCGUUUCAUUCUGUCCGUAAACUUACUACAAGUUAACUGUGAACUAAAUGUUACAGAUCAGAAAGUUCUUAAUAUCCCAUAUUCCUUCAAUAUUCAAAUUAUUCACUUAAGUAAACAUUUGUUACUGUACAAACAAGCUAUUUACACUACAUUUAUGCCUUUUACAUUCUCUCCUCAUACUUUUAUCAUAUGAAAUAUUCUUGCCCUUUAGUUUCCAACAGUACUGGAAUCUAACGCAGCUUCAAUGACCAAUAGUUUGUUAACAAUGGUCAAUCUAUAAAUACAAUUUUUACUAGGAAGAAAUUAAGUAUAUAUUGGUGUUAAACAUGGUUUUCAUUCAUUAGACUUUGAUAUCCAACUGUAUUAAUUCUAUGUAGUAACUGUUCAGUUUGUCAAUUUCAUCAUUGAUUAAAGUCUGUAUGUAAUGGAAUGAAUUCAUAUUUGUACUAAUCUAGGAUUUCCUAUCGAUGAUAGCUCUAGAGAAGCUUGGACUUUUGUUUCUAGUUAGUGGGCAAGGAAAACGAGAGUAGGAUACAGUCUCGUUCACUAAUAGUGAAAUCGGAGUUAAAAAUUAUUCUCUAAGCGCACAGACGUAUCGUAGUGAUUUGUUGCAGGAACCUGUUAUACUUUUUGCGUUAUUAGUUGUUAGAGUAUCAUGUUGCUUACUAUUGCCGAACUAAAUUGGACAUCUC